GUUGAACUUCAACAAGGGGGACGGGGGAGUUUUCUUCCUUGCCCUCCCAAACUUUUCUUGCUAGCUUGCCUUUCCGCGAAAGGCAUGAUCAGUCCCAGUGUGACGGACCUCCGGGACACAGUCAGAAGGGCUGAGUACAGCCGCACACAAGAAGGAACCAGACUGGAUUCCAGUUGCAUGCAUCCUCCGUUUAGCGGCUGAGAGACGUGUUGUUUGAGGCUAUAUGUGCUGAAAGGUCCCACACCUGAAAGAUGACUCAGUCCGUGCAAGUUAACACUAAGUUGCCUGAUUUGGGCUCUUCAUUCCUCUACUCCACUCAAGAGGAAGCUGACCAGCCGGCAUCGUACUCUGUCCAAACACCAUAUGGUUUCCAGCUUGAUCUGGACUUCCUGAAAUAUGUGGAAGAGAUCGAAAGCGGGCAUAACAUUCGCAGAGCAGCUGUCACAUCUCGUCGCGCCGCACGGGGCCUCAAGACCUCUCAAAGAUGUCCGAGUGCGGGCGGGCGCACCAGUGGUUGGACAUCCACGGAGUCUCUUUCUUCUCCCGCUAGCGAGGAUGGCAGAGCACCUCCUCUGCCGCCGCCACGAAAUCGACUCGGUUCGGCGCCUUGUGAAGGGCUCUCUGUGUCCCCUGUGACCUUCCUUGGUGCCCCCCCGCUUUCUGCCGGCGCCAAAAUCCCACCUCCGCCGCCGCAACGCAACCCCAGAGUCGAGCGGACUCUUUUGGAAACCAGUCGCCGAUUACAGCAGGAGACACAGAGCCACCAUCACCAAAAUGGCGGCCGGUUCCAGUUUACAGAUCCCCCCAAGCAGAUGCCCCCUCAAGCUCAACCUCCGCAAAGUAUCUGGACUAAACCCAGUCCUCAAACCUCCGGACGCACCACUCCGGCAGCGACUCCGGUGCCGCCCAGUCAGCUGCAGACAGUCAGAGAGCAGAUGGCGACGGCCUUGAAGCAACUGAAGGAGAUGGAGGAACGAGUGAAAGGAGUUCCGGCGCUGGAAAAAGAGGUGGCUGAACUUCGUGCCGAGAAAGACGUGCUCUUGGUAGCACUUCAGGAGACCAAAGCAGCCAAGAACGUGGCUGCGGUAGAAUCCUCUACUCAGACCGUAGAAAGUAUCCAAAAUCGAUUAAGCUCCUCGACUUCACCUUCUCACAAAAACCAUGGAAAAUCCGCAGAACUGAAGAAGCUGGCUGAGAAAUUUGAAGGGAAGGAAGAACCUUCAUCCAAAGCCGUAUUGAAGGUUCCAGUGGAGAAGAACUCCAUAGCCGUGGGAGAUGAUCAACCAAUGGACUCAGUGGUUUUCUAUUUCAACCACAAUGUGAGAGAUGCCUCUGAAGGAACCGAGAUCCACGUUUGCGAGAAGAGCACCGGAACUGAAAGCCCUGCAGUUUCCGAUGAAGCAACACAAUUCAGAUCCGAGACAGUGGAUGCUGGGAUUUGGGUAACGGAGUCAUUACUCGGCUUGACGUCUGAGACCCAACGCGAGAUGGACACCUUACAGGACACCAUAAAAUUCCAGCAGGAGUCUAUUACUGAUCUGGAGAACCAACUCAGCGUCGCCGGCAAUGACUUGGGAACUCUCAGAGCCCAGAUUGAUCACAUGACAUCCAAAGUCACCUCCGAGAAGGAAGUUCUCGCAAAACCCGUUUUAAAAGACGCACAGAUUGAAACGAUAUCCUUUACCUUCAAGGAUUCUGCGGUUUUAUGCCGUCCGGAAACGACGGACGCAAGUACAGGCGAUAGCUUAGAACCGCACACGAUCGAGCAAGGCGCCCAAACUGAUCCUAUCAUCAAACCAGAAGAACCACUUCCAAAUGUCAUGGUCAGCACUGGUUCCCAGUAUGAAAACAUAGAAGAACAUAAAGUGCUAAAGAAGAGACAGAUGACCAUGACUGAUUAUAAAGUCUUACCGGAGGAGGCGGUCAGUAUGGAUGAGGAGAAAGGAGGACACCAGGAGGACGUAACGACGCCCUGCAACAUCAAAACAGGGAUGCUGAAGUCCAUCAUGAAGAGGAAGGAUGGAAACGGCUCGGGUGAGAAUCGCACAGCGGGCAAGAAGAGCUUACAGUUUGUUGGUAUCCUAAAUGGAGGAUAUGAAUCCACGUCUAGUGAAGAGGAAGACGAGGAGGAGGAAGCGGGAAGCACCUCUGAAGAAAGCGGAGACGGGGACUGCCUAGAUAGCACGGAGGAGGAGGUGGAUGUGGAGGAAGAAACGUCGGAGGAGGAAAGAAACGUCAACUUGGAUGAGAGCGACACGGACGAAGAAACCCUAAGAGCAUCCACUUUCUCAUCUGAUGGCGUGAAAGAAAAAUUUGAGCUGAGCUCCAAAAUGCGUGAAGCUUGUCUCAUUCUGAAGAAUCACCUCAAUGACGACGUCCAAUCACUGAAGAGUAAGGAAGUGGUCGCCAGCACCCACACCGUCCAGCUGGAGUGGUUCCGCAUCUCCAGCGCCAAGAUGGCUCAGCCCUCGCGGGUCUCCGACUACCUGAUGGCGUUCUUGGAGGUGUCUUCACUGCUGUUGGAGCACGUGGUCAACAUGACCGACGGCAACGGCAACACCGCUCUGCACUACAGCGUCUCGCACUCCAACUUUGGUGUGGUGGACCUGCUGCUGGACACGGACAUGUGCUGCGUGGAUAAGCAGAACAAGGCGGGCUACACGGCCAUCAUGCUGGCUGCUCUGUCUACCGUGAAGGAGGACGACGACAUGUCCGUGGUCAAGAAGCUCUUCAGUAAAGGCAACGUCAACGCCAAGGCCAGCCAGGCAGGCCAGACGGCGCUGAUGCUCGCCGUGAGUCACGGACGUCAGGAGAUGGUGGAGGCGCUUCUGGAGUGCGGCGCCGACGUCGACGUGCAGGAUGACGAAGGCUCCACGGCGUUGAUGUGCGCCAGCGAGCACGGCCGCGCCGAGAUUGUCAAACUCCUCCUGGAACAGCCCGGCUGUAACAUCGCCAUUGUCGAUAAUGAUGGCAGCAAUGCUUUGUCCAUCGCACUGGAGGCGUCUCACAAUGACACGGCUGUGCUGCUCUACGCCCAUUUGAACUAUGCCAAAUCCCAGGGGGCUGCGGGUAGUCCCAAGGCCCAGAGGAGCCCGACCAGCACCCACAAGUCCUGGCCUGCAGAGUGACCCUCCAUGACGUCACCCUUAAUAGAAAAGCAGAAACAAUCAAAACCUGAUACUGGAUUUGGGCCGUGAAACGCUCCACUGGAUUUUUUUCCCUUGAAUAUAAAAUAUAUUUAUAUAUUUUAAUAUGCCCUGCAUUUAAAGUAUUGUUAAUAUGAGAAUAUUAUUUUUCCCUGAAGAUUAUUAUUAUUAUUAUUAUUAUUAUUAUUAUUAUACAUGUUGUAUUAUCUCCUUUGACAUAUGAACUGCUUUGCUUAUUAUGUAUUAUUUGCACUCGGCUAACAAAAAAAUAUUACAUUUCAUGUUCAGUACAUUCAUUCAAUACAAUAUGUGGACCGCCACAUAUAAAAACACAUUAUAACGGGACUAGCUGAAGGAGGUUGGUGUUACGACUCCAUACGGUCAACACAUAUGGAACCUAAUCUACUGCCACCACACGGAUGUUAGAAUAAACAGCAAAAAUGGCACCCCGAUGACACGACCGCAAGGUAUGCUGGGUAACCCGAUGUGCUUUUUUUUCUUCCCCAAAUAUGCUACACUAAGCCGGUAAUCGCCUCUCUAAAAACUCAAGAGACUGCUGUUGUUGUUUGUGACAUUGAAAAAAGAAAAAUACUAAAAGAAAUUACUCAUUUGAAUUUCUAACCAUUUGUUUUGCUUUACAUGACAUUUUAUGCGGAAUUGUGUACUGUAGAAAUUGAACAUGUGUCAUUUCUAAUGUGAUUUCUAAGUGCACUACAUUUGCUGAAGUCAUUCUAAAAUGUUGUAAUGUCUAAUACUUCUGAGCUAUUAUUAUUAUUAUUAUUAUUAUUAUUAUUAUUAUUAUUAUUAUUAUUAUAUGCAUAAUAGCUAAGAAGUAUGCUUCCACGGAUUACUUAAUUAACCCUUAGAUGCACGAGUGACUGGACCCUACACUCUUCCAUAAGUGGGUCAAAAAUCACCCAUACUAGAAUCAAUGCCUUUUUAUGGUUGGGGUAGUAACACAAAAACUAAAAUUUCUUAAAAUAUAUAAAAGGUAAGUUAAACAUGUGAAUGCCAUGAUAUUAAAAACAUGUUUUUUGAGGAAUACCUGGAAUAUGAAAUGAUAAAAAAAUUUCAUUACGAAGAUAUUUCAAGAAAACAACCUGACCGGGUCAUUUUUGACCCACUUAUGGAAGGUUGGGGUAGUAACACAAAAACUAAAAUUUCUUAAAAUGUAUAAAAAGUAAGUUAAAAAUGCGAAUGGCAUGAUAUCAAAAACAUGUUUUUUUUAGGAAUACCUGGAAUAUGAAAUGAUGAAAAAUUUUCAUUACGAAGAUAUUUCAAGAAAACAACCUGACCGGGUCAUUUUUGACCCACUUAUGGAAGGUUGGGGUAGUAACACAAAAACUAACAUUUCUUAAAAUGUAUAAAAGAUAAGUUAAAAAUGUGAAUGCCAUGAUAUUAAAAACAUGUUUUUUGAGGAAUACCUGGAAUAUGAAAUGAUAAAAAAAUUUCAUUACGAAGAUAUUUCAAGAAAACAACCUGACCGGGUCAUUUUUGACCCACUUAUGGAAGGUUGGGGUAGUAACACAAAAACUAAAAUCUCUUAAAAUCUAUAAAAGAUAAGUUAAAAAUGUGAAUGGCAUGAUAUUAAAAACAUGUUUUUUUUUAGGAAUACCUGGAAUAUGAAAUGAUGAAAAAUUUUCUUUAUGAAGAUAUUUCAAGAAAACAACCUGACUGGGUCAUUUUUGACCCACUUAUGGAAGGUUGGGGUAGUAACACAAAAACUAAAAUUUCUUAAAAUGUAUAAAAGAUAAGUUAAAAAUGUGAAUGGCAUGAUAUCAAAACCAUGUUUUUUGAGGAAUACCUGGAAUAUGAAAUGAUAAAAAAAAUUUCAUUACGAAGAUAUUUCAAGAAAACAACCUGACCGGGUCAUUUUUGACCCACUUAUGGAAGGUUGGGGUAGUAACACAAAAACUAAAAUUUCUUAAAAUGUAUAAAAGUUAAGUUAAAAAUGUGAAUGGCAUGAUAUUAAAAACAUGUUUUUUGAGGAAUACCUGGAAUAUGAAAUGAUGAAAAAUUUUAAUUCUGAAGAUAUUUGAAGAAAACAACCUGACCGGGUCAUUGUUGACCCACGUAUGGAAGGUUGGGGUAGUAACACAAAAACAAAAAUUUCUUAAAAUUUAUAAAAGGUAAGUUAAAAAUGUGAAUGGCAUAAUAGCAAAAACUUGUUUUUUAGGAAUACCUGGAAUAUGAAAUGAUAAAAAAAAUUCAUUACGAAGAUAUUUCAAGAAAACAACCUGACCGGGUCAUUUUUGACCCACUUAUGCAUCUAAGGGUUAAGGGAGUCAAAUGGCUCCAGUGUUUGUCCUGCCUUCACCUUUACUAACUGUCUAGGAACAUACCAUGCCAAGAUAUCGUGUGUAAACAAUCAUAUACAGUAUAUCCCUGAAAAUAAAGUAUUUACUGUAUAUACUGAAUAAAAAGAAAUAUCU